CCGGAGCUGAGUCCAAGAGAGCCGGAGCGCGCGGGUGGGCCGAGGGAGCAGCCGAGCCAGCGGCAAGAGCCUAGCCCCAGGGUAGCAGCUUCAGGGCAGCCGGGUCCAGCAGCGCACACCCCGCCGAAGCCCAGAUCCUCAGGCCAGGCCUGGGGCUGCAGCCUCUCUCCUCUCUACCCCCCUCCUCAUCCAGCUAGCUGCUCGCCCCUGCGCCGUGGCCAUGUCGUCGGUGGCGCUGGAGAUCCUGGGGCUGGGGCUGUGCAUCGUGGGCUGGGUGGGCAUGAUCGUGGCGUGCGGGCUGCCCAUGUGGCAAGUGUCCGCCUUCCUGGAGAGCAACAUCGUGACGGCGCAGACCAUCUGGCAGGGCCUGUGGAUGAACUGCGUGGUGCAGAGCACGGGUCAGAUGCAGUGCAAGGUGUACGACUCGGUGCUGGCGCUCAAGCCCGAGGUGCAGGCGGGCCGCGCGCUCACCGUGCUCGUGUCGCUGCUGGGGCUCGUGGCGCUCAUGGUGACCGUGGCUGGCGCGCAGUGCACCACGUGCGUGGCGCCCGGCAAGGCCAAGGCGCGGGUGGCGGCCGCCGGCGGCGCCCUCUACGUCCUCUGCGGCCUCCUGUCGCUGGUGCCCCUCUGCUGGUUUGCCAACAUCGUGAUCAGCGAGUUCUACGACCCCACGGUGCCCACGUCGCAGAAGCGGGAGAUGGGCUCGGCGCUCUACAUCGGCUGGGCGGCCACGGCGCUGCUGCUGCUGGGAGGCGGCCUGGUCUGCUGCGGCGCCUGCUCGGCAGCUGCCCGCGAGGAUCUCCCCUUCCCGGUCAAGUACUCGGCUCCGCGACGGUCCACGGUGACCGCGGACUACGACAAGAAGAACUACGUCUGAGCUGCACGGAGGCCGGGGGAGCGCGAGGGAGCGGCCUGGAGACCAGGGCGCGGGCGCACAGACCCGGACUGCAGCCUAGCGCUCAACCUGAAGGCCUGGGGCUGGGGGCUCAAGGGAGCAGGGGGGAUCGGGCCCUCCAUGCCCCCUCCGACUACUCAGGGCCAUCCUCUCCAGAGCCCGGGAAAUUGGGAACCAAAGAGCCAUCUGAGAAUCUGGGGGAGGGGAGGGUUUGGGCUGUGGACACCUCCCCCACUCCCCACCCCACCCCCGAAAAUGCCCAGAGCCCAGAAAUAAGGGUCCAAGGGCCAGCGGUGUGGGUCCCGCAGACUGCUCGGGGCGGUCGAGGUGCCCCUGCGAACCAUGGAGAAAAAGCCUGAGGAGCUGACUGAGCAUGAUGGGGGAGGGAGCCAGCCUGGUGGGCAGCCAAGGUCGCGGCCCCCCGCCUUCUGCCCCACUUUGCGGCUCUUGCCUCUGGACCCGCUGAACGAAACUGCGCCUUAGUAACUCCGUACACUAACCCCCGCCAGGCGAAAGCAGCCGCGGGUCCCAGCCUUCCAGACUGUUUAUACGAACCAGAUGGUAUAUAGCUGAUAUCCUUAUUUUUUAUACUCCAGGUGGCACAUGGUGUAGGAGGGCCCCAGGACACGGAUUUCUCCCUUGUCCCCUACUACUUUACCACGAUCCAAUUGCGCUUUGGGAUCCAUGAAGGGAAUUGAGAGCAUUUCUUUCAGGACUCUCUAAACCCGACUUCUUGGGGCCGUAGAGGCCAAGGGCUAAAGCCCAGGUGGCAGAGGGUCUGCUCCCCCCUCGCCCCCGCCCAGGGAGGGGGAGCGCCCUUUGGGACACUCUGUGCCCUCCGUCUAGAGAGGCUCUCUUCUGGAAUAGCUGACCCUUAAACUUGGCUCCCCAGCCGGCAGCUAUUUGUAAGGCCCUUCAGGGUCUGCCUUGACACCUGCCCCCAGUCUAGUCGGGGGCUAGAGAUUUCCGCUCAAAGCCUGCAGCCCUUCUCUCUUCCUUUCCUGCCUCCCCUUCCCCCAAGGGGGGGGGGGCGGGAACCCGCUAGCCUGACCCUUCCACCCUGCGAGGAUUUGGGAACAGGUCCUCCUGCCAAGUAUUUUGCAUUUUCAGAGAUGCCGAAGAAGUCUUUUAAUUCCAAAGAAUCGGUGUUAACUUUGAGAGACUAAUUGCCUUUCGCCAGCCACCGGCCCGGGACCCUGGGCGGAGGGCUGGGUUGGAGGAGCUCGGUUGCCUAGUUUGGGGCUAAGACCAGCUCUUGCUUUCUGGCUGAACUAUGACCAGGGCCCCCUCCCUCUCUUGCAGGGGAGGACAGCGGCCCCUUCCUCCAGAGGGAAGGUGGCCUUGAGCAGCAAGGGAUACCCCUUUUCAGCCUUCUUGACUUGUCCCAAAGUGGGAGGAGGCUGCUGGUGAGGCGUUGUACCUGUGAUGGAGGUAGGGGUGCUUCGUCGUGGUUGCUCCGCGAUGAAGUGAAGCAGGGGUAGGAAAGACUGUUUCUUAUUUCGAGCAUUGUUAAUGGAGUAAUCUGUGUUCAGUAAAAUUUUUCAGUGUGCCUCCGUCCUGUUUCCUUACCAACGCGUCAGACUGGCCUAGGUGUAGAAUGGAGACAAAGGCUGGGGUAGGGUCCCUCCCUCCCUCACUCACUCAAAUACACCUCCCACCUGGCUUCCUUUUAAUGCUGGAUCUAACCCACCUCCCCAUCGGAACUGUUUCUAUCUAGGUAAAAUGCAGUUUGCUCUAGACAACUUCUAAGGCCCCUCCCAGCCUUGACAUUCCCUGUUCUAAAGUCCCUCCCAGUUCUAGCAUUCUCUGUUCCAAGGCCUCCUCCAGCUCAGUCUAUGUUCUAGGUUCUAAGUUCCCAUCAGUCUUUGUUCUAAAAUUCCUCCCUAUUCUGACACCCUGUCUUUUAAAGGUCCUUCCACCUCUGACAGUCUGGGGCUUCCCAGGAUUGCCGAAAAGACAGGGACCUGUCACUUCCAUUCCUAGUCACUUCUUGGGUUAAGCAGCCCAGGGAAGGGCAGCGUGGGAAUGGAAGAAGGAGGUGUGCCUGGUCUGGCUGGGGGCACAGGCUCACUCAGAGUGGGACGGGGAAGGCUGAGCCAUAGAAGGGCCCUGAAUCCAGCAGGCAGCGGCAAGCCUGAUGCUGGAGGAGGCUUUCUGGAGACCUCUACUUCCUUUCUCUAACUCUCCCCAAAGAGUGCUUCAUCCCUGCCUCUUCUCACUGUCAGAGCACUGCUUUCUCCUCUCUGGGUCUCUGUCCCCAGUAAAAGGAGGGGGUUAGAUGUGAUGGCCAACCAUGAUUGAUUGGGGAUGCCCAGUGAGGAAGAGGCAGCCUCAGAGCAGAGCGGGGCAGCUUUUCGGACACGUGGCCAAUGGAGGCCAAAUACGGGCCUGUGCAUAUUUCUAUGUUACCAAAACAAAACAAAACAAAACCAGGAGUGGGGGUGAGAUGAGACUAAAUGGUCAACAAGUAGCAGAACUGGAGGGACCUCAAAUGCGCUUUGGCCCAAGCCUACUUGAAAAGGUUUUGCUUGGGGAGGCUUGGGAUUUUUUUCAUCCUUCACUAUAAAAUAUCAGAUUCGGGGCCACUACAGGAAGUAGCUUUGGGACUUUUCUAGUUGAAUUAAAAAAAACCGUUGUCUUAUGAUUGCACGUGUAUAACCUAUAUCAGAUUGCUUGCCAUCUUGGGGAUGGGGGAGGGAGAAAAAUUUGGAACUCAAAAUCCUAUAAAAAAUGAAUGUUGAAAACUAGCUUUGCGUGUAAUUGGAAAAAUAAAAUUCUAUUAAAAUGUUGUCUUCAU